GUUUAAUGAUAGAAACAGAAGCAAUGGAUCGAGUGUGGUUAGCGAUGAUUUAUUCGAGAGAUGCUGGCAGGAGACGGAGGAAGCAAGAAGUUCAUAAACAAUAUUUAGAUCUAAACCAAGAGAGAGAACACAGAGAGCAUGGACGUAAGCGAAUAAAAAUCAGCAAUCUUCGAGAUCUAAGUGCAACCAAAGAAGAUCACAUGGAGGGCAAGGAAAAAAUUCUUUCUUUAAUUCGUCGAAGUAAUCGUCAUGGCGAAAGAAUUUUAGAAACAUCGAGUUCAAAAACUCGGAAAUCUAAGGAAAAAACAAAACAAAAUAAUCAGUGGCAUCAAAAAGAGGAUUAUAUACAAUAUAUCACCAUGGAGGACCUCAAUCAAGAACAACCAGAAAACGCAAUUCGUUUAGAAAUUCAUGAUCAACGAGAGUAUUUUGCUAGUCAAAAGUUAGAACAGGGCCAUGACAUAGAAAUGAAAGAUUCGCAAAACUCUCCGAUCGAUGUGUUAAAUGAAUUUAAAGUUGAUUUCGUUGAUUGGAAGCCUAAUUUGACAGUAUCAUUAAUUAGUGAUAAAUACGCUAAAAAAGCAACAAAAAAAUGUAAUGAACUAAUCAAGACAAAACAACAUUACGCAAAAGAAGCAUUACCAAAUUUGGAAAACUUCCCUUCCCCAAUUGAGAAAGAAGUUCAUCUCAUUCACCUGAUGGGAAAUGAGUAUCUACGGCAUUUUUGGACAUCGCUAAACUCCAAAGAUAAAUCCGAGAAGAAUAAAAAGAUGGUUGAUAAACUUCGUGAGACUUUGACUCGAAUCAAUAAAGUCAAAAAUAUGAGUCAGGACGGUGAUGAGAUACAGGAUGCCUCACAAACGUCCCAAAACACCGAUAUACAGAUUAGCGAAUUCGAAUGGUCCAAAGCUAUAAUGCUGGCAGAACAAAUGCUUAAGCCUUUGCGCGAUGCCAUUGAGGUAGCUCUCGCCCGGGUACCCUCACGUAAAGAAAAUCCUAUGUCU